CGUCUUGAAGCACUACCUGAUUCCAAGAUGGGUUCCCGCAGCCAAGGCUUCUUCCACCACCACCACCACCACCGCGGCUCCUUGGUGCCCACCGCGGUGCCGAGGCUGCUGGCUGAGAACAGCAGCCUGCUGGGGGGCAUCGCGCAAAUCACCCCCAACCUCUUCCUCAGCAGAGGGAAUGUGGCAUCCAACCGCAGCCUGCUGCUCUCCAAGGGCAUCACCUGUGUGGUCAACGCCACCCUCGAGCUCCCGAACUUCAACUGGCCUCACAUGGAGUAUGUAAAGGUCCCGCUGGCGGAUAUGCCCCACUCCCCCCUCUCCCUGUAUUUCGACAGUGUGGCUGAUAAGAUCCACAGCGUGGGACGCAAGCGAGGCGCCGUGCUGGUGCACUGUGCAGCGGGGGUGAGCCGCUCGGCCUCCCUGUGCCUGGCAUACCUCAUGAAGUAUCACCGUGUGUCUCUGGCAGAGGCCCACGCCUGGGUCAAAGCCCGCCGCCCCGUCAUCAGGCCCAACGGCGGCUUCUGGCGCCAGCUCAUCGAGUACGAGAGGAAGCUGUUUGGUAGGAACUCUGUGAAGAUGGUGCAGACGCCCUACGGGGUCAUACCCGACGUGUACGAGAGGGACCGCAGGAGCCUGGCUCCGUACUGGGGCCUGUGA